GCAAAAUGGCACAGAUAUUGAUUUUACCAUGAGUUAUCACUACAGGUUGGAUGAAGGCAAUUUGGCAAUCAGUAGUCCCCGCACAGAUCAAGAUAUUGGCAUGUACCAGUGCCUGGCCACCAACACUCUGGGGACAAUACUGAGUCAGAAGGCGAAGCUCCAGUUUGCAUAUAUUGAAGACUUUGAAACCAAAACAAGAAGCACAGUGUCCGUCCGAGAAGGUCAAGGUGUGGUGCUUCUCUGUGGCCCACCACCACACUUUGGAGAUUUAUCUUAUGCAUGGACUUUCAAUGAUAACCCCUUAUAUGUCCAAGAGGACAACAGACGGUUUGUAUCACAAGAGACAGGAAACCUAUACAUUGCCAAAGUGGAACCAUCAGAUGUGGGCAACUAUACUUGCUUCGUAACAAACAAGGAAGCCCAGAGAAGUGUUCAAGGACCACCCACCCCAUUAGUGCAGCGCACUGAUGGUGUGAUGGGGGAAUAUGAACCAAAGAUUGAAGUGCGUUUUCCUGAAACUAUACAAGCUGCAAAGGAUUCAUCUGUAAAACUGGAAUGCUUUGCCCUUGGAAAUCCAGUCCCCGAUAUUAGUUGGAGGAGGUUGGAUGGAAACCCGUUGCCAGGGAAAAUCAAGUACAGCAAAUCCCAAGCUAUUCUUGAAAUCCCGAACUUUCAACAGGAAGAUGAAGGCUUCUAUGAGUGCAUUGCAGGCAACCUUCGAGGAAGAAACCUUGCAAAGGGUCAACUCAUUUUCUAUGCCCCACCAGAAUGGGAACAAAAAAUCCAAAAUACUUACCUGUCUAUCUAUGACAGUUUGUUUUGGGAAUGCAAAGCUAGUGGAAAGCCAAAUCCUUGGUACACUUGGUUAAAGAAUGGUGAACGCCUCACUCCAGAGGAAAGAAUUCAAAUAGAAAACGGGACACUUGUCAUAACUAUGCUGAAUGUGUCAGAUUCUGGUGUCUACCAGUGUGCUGCAGAAAACAAAUAUCAGAUAAUUUAUGCAAAUGCAGAAUUGAGAGUAUUAGCCUCAGCUCCUGAUUUCUCUAAAAAUCCUCUUAAAAAAACUUCAGUUGUACAAGUUGGUGGGGAUAUCACUAUCGAAUGCAAACCAACUGCUUUUCCUAGGGCAGCUAUCUCCUGGAAAAGAGGAAUGGAGAGCCUGAGACAGAGCAAAAGAGUGUUUCUCUCAGAGGAUGGCAGCCUCAAGAUAUAUAAUGUUACCAGGUCAGAUGCCGGAUCAUACACUUGCACAGCUACAAAUCAGUUUGGCAUCGCAAAGAACACUGGCAGCCUAGUCGUAAAAGAGAGGACUGUUAUUACCAUUCCACCUUCCAAAAUGGAUGUUACAGUUGGAGAGAGUAUAGUCCUACCAUGCCAGGUGUCCCAUGACCCCUCCAUUGAAGUUAUAUUUAUAUGGUCUUUCAAUGGAGAUGUCAUAGACUUAAAAAAAGGAGUGGCUCAUUUUGAAAGGAUUGGAGGAGAAUCUGUUGGGGAUUUGAUGAUAAGGAAUAUUCAGUUAAAUCAUUCAGGAAAAUAUCUAUGCACAGUGAAAACAACUCUGGAAAGUUUAUCUGCUGUGGCAGAUAUCAUUGUUAGAGGUCCACCAGGUCCCCCUGAGGAUGUAAGAGUGGAACACAUUUCCAGUACUACUUCUCAACUAAGCUGGAGACCAGGCUCAGAUAAUAAUAGUCCCAUUCAAAUAUUUACUGUUCAGGCUCGGACACCAUUUUCUGUGGGUUGGCAGGCUGUUUCGACUGUUCCAGAAAUUCUCAAUGGUAAGACGUACAAUGCAACAGUGGUUGGUUUGAGUCCUUGGGUGGAAUAUGAAUUUCGUGUCGUUGCUGGGAACAGCAUUGGGAUUGGAGAACCAAGUAAAGCAUCAGAAUUGUUAAGAACCAAAGCGUCAGUGCCUGUUGUGGCGCCAACAAACAUCAACGGAGGUGGAGGAAGUCGUUCGGAACUCGUCAUUACGUGGGAGUCAAUUCCAGAAGAACUACAGAAUGGAGAGGAAUUUGGAUACAUCAUCAUGUUGCGGCCAGUUGGCUCAACAACCUGGACCAAGGAAAGAGUACCAUCUGUAGAAUCAUCAAGAUUUGUUUACAGAAAUGAAAGUAUCACCCCCCUCUCUCCCUUUGAAGUCAAAGUGGGUGUAUAUAAUAAUGAAGGAGAAGGAUCUCUGAGUACCGUGUCCAUUGUCUACUCCGGGGAAGAUGAACCUCAGCUGGCUCCAAGAGGAACUUCUGUCCAGAGUUUUUCUGCUUCGGAAAUGGAGGUUUCAUGGAAUGCUAUUGCCUGGAAUAGAAACACUGGAAGAGUCCUGGGCUAUGAGGUAUUAUAUUGGACAGAUGACUCCAAAGAAUCCAUGAUUGGGAAAAUUAGAGUCAGUGGGAAUGUCACAACCAAAAACAUCACAGGGCUGAAAGCUAAUACCAUCUACUUUGCUUCCGUGAGAGCUUACAACACUGCAGGGGCAGGGCCCUCAAGCCCCCCAGUCAACGUUACCACCAAAAAGUCUCCACCAAGCCAACCACCAGCUAACAUUGCCUGGAAGCUGACAAACUCUAAAUUAUGCCUGAACUGGGAACAUGUAAAAACCAUGGAAAAUGAGUCUGAAGUGUUGGGCUACAAGAUUCUGUAUCGGCAAAACAGACAGAGUAAAACACAUAUCUUGGAAACAAACAAUACAUCGGCUGAGCUUCUGGUUCCGUUUGAAGAAGACUACUUGAUUGAAAUAAGAACAGUUAGUGAUGGUGGGGAUGGAAGCAGCAGUGAAGAAAUUAGGAUACCAAAAAUGUCAAACUUGAGUUCCAGAGGAGUUCCAGUCUUAGAACCUAGCGUCUGUUUCCUGUCAAUUGUCAUCAUUUUUUACUGUUUUGCAAUUCAGCCACUUGUACGAUGAAUAAAACCAUAAAUCUUUGAGAGUUUUUUGAAAACAAAUCAUUCUGUAAAUAAGCUCUCCAGCCCCUAUCACAAAAUACAUCAUUAAUACCGACUUGUUUGGAAAGAAAAAAAAUGUAUAUUAUUAAGAUCUUGUAAAUAUCUAUGGUACAUUAAUAAAACAGUUUUAAACACUUUUGAACUUUAAAGUUCGCACAUGAUUUCAUAUAUUCUGAAAGUGCCAAAUGAUCCGUGGAGUUGUAACUGCUAUGGCUUUUAAGUGACUUAUAUGGAAA